CUACAUCAUACAACCUGGUUUGUUUUUGUUUAAACUGCUGAUGUAGCUGCUUAUAUUUCUCCUAUACUCUCAGAAAUGAACGCUGUGCAUCAGGCAGGAAGCUCAAGGCUGCACACUCUGAACUAACGGCAGCAGUAUUGGAAGAAAGUUUUGUUUGAAAGGUUUGUUCUCAAACCUUGUUAGCCAAGCUUGAGUUCGCCCUGAUCUGCCCCCUUGUGGAUAUGCUUUCUAAUCCUGCAGAGGCACAGUCGUGUUGUGUAGUCCUGUCUUUGUGUGCAUGUUGGUAAAAGUCUGUCUCCUAAAAUGUUUUGUGUUUUGCAGCUUUGGGCCAGCAUAAUGAAAGUGUCCAGGUGAGCUGGAUGGCAAGCCGAGUGAUCAGAACACAACAUCGUCAAAUCCACAUGUUAUGGCUGUAAAGACCAGUUGCCACUUUGUCCACUUGAUGUCUUCUUUGACUCUGAGAUUUAUUUCUCCUCUGUCUCACUUUUUGAAAACUUUUAUCACACCUUUUCGACAGCCAUCUCCAAUACUUUAAUUACUUAACUCUACAAAAAUCAUAAUACAAUCCUGCAUCCCCCAGAGGCCCUUUAAGGACAGAAGUCCCCUUUAAUGUCGUCAUGUUGGAAUAUUUAUUAGCCUUCAAUGCCUGUGAGGCCUUUUGAUUCUCCAGAAUGUAAAUUUGGUUCAAUUGCUUUGUAGAAGAAUAAAUUAUUCAGUUAAUGUACAUUUUUACAAUAAUUUACACAAAACAUAUGCUGGCGAAGGACAAAUGGCCCGUCGGUACUGAAUUAGAUCAAAACAGAAAAUAAAGAUGAAUGUUUAUCAGCCUUAUCAGCUCUGACCCCCCCUCCACCCCCGCCCUCCACCGCCUCAGCUCUUUUGUAACCACCCACUUGAACCGGAACCUUUUGAGGGGAUUUGUAGCCCUCCCUCCCUCCCCAUCGCCCUGACAGCCAGGCACAACAGCGACCCACACAGCAGUGUGCAUCUGGAGCAGGAUGCGUCCUGCUUUACGAUGCCUGGGAUAGCAGUGCCAGACCGGCCCGGCACACACAUCGCCUACUACCGGUGGAAGUGACAUAUUCAUCCUCCGUGACAGCCUCCCCGUGGACAGGACUGACAGGAUCCAGGGGCGCUGCUAUGCGGAUGCAUCCUGUGCGCUCUGGUGAUCCACGGUGACCGGCUCGCCUCGGUGGGGUUUGUGAUCCGAGGUCCUGUUUCAGCCGAAAGGACUGGACUGUUAACACACACACACUUCCUACCUCUGGGGUCGAUACGGGACAAAGAUGGGGAGUACGACGUCUUGCUGCGUGUCUGCCAGCCCCAAGCUCCGCAGAAAUGCCCACUCCAGGCUGGAGUCGUACCACCAGGAGUCGGAUCUGAGCAGGGAGGAGACGGGAUGCAACCUGCAGCACAUCAGCGACAGGGAGAACGUCGACGAGUUGAACAUGGAGUAUAAUCCGUCAGACCACCCGCGGGCCAGCACCAUAUUCCUCAGCAAAUCCCAAAACGAUGAGAUGCCCCACAGGAGCGUGCGAGACAAACGAAAAAGCCUCUUCAUCAGUAAUCAUGGAACAUCGAGGCGGAAGUACAGCUCCUGUUCCACAAUCUUCCUAGACGACAACACAGUCAGCCAGCCCAACCUCAAAUACACCAUCAAAUGUGUAGCACUGGCCAUUUACUACCAUAUAAAAAACAGGGACCCAGACGGAGGAAUGCUGCUGGAUAUAUUUGACGAGAAGCUUCACCCUCUUUCGAAAUCAGAGGUGCCGCUGGACUACGACCAACAUGACCCCGAGCAGAAGCAGAUCUACCGAUUUGUCAGGACGUUGUUCAGCGCCGCUCAGCUCACCUCCGAGUGUGCCAUCGUCACACUGGUCUACCUGGAGAGGCUCCUCACCUAUGCAGAGAUCGACAUCUGUCCAGGUAACUGGAAGAGGAUCGUUCUGGGUGCCAUCCUGCUGGCCUCCAAGGUCUGGGAUGACCAGGCCGUCUGGAACGUCGACUACUGCCAGAUCCUCAAGGAUAUCACUGUGGAGGACAUGAACGAGUUGGAGCGGCAGUUCCUGGAGCUGCUGCAGUUCAACAUCAACGUGCCGUCCAGUGUCUACGCCAAGUAUUACUUUGACCUGCGAUCGCUCUCAGAGUCCAACAACCUCAGCUUCCCCCUGGAGCCGCUCAGCAGAGACAAAGCCCAGAAACUGGAGGCUAUUUCCAGGCUGUGUGAUGACAAGUACAAGGAUGUGCGCAGAGCUGCAAGGAAGCGCUCAGCCAGUGUGGACAAUCUGUGCGGGAUCAGAUGGGUUCCUGCCAUCCUCUCCUAACCACAAUUAAUCUGCCGUGCACUGAGCCAUGGCAUCAGCCUGCGCACUCUGAAACAGGCCGACGUGGUUCUGUCCUGAGAUCAGAAACUUCACUUUGGAAAAGUUUGUACCAAAACGUGGAACUUGGUGGAGCAGCGACUGAAACCUUAAAUCACCCUCUGUGGACCUCACAGCUUCAAGGUGGUAGUGAAGUUCUGGGAGGUGCGGUGAACGCCAGACAGGUUUCUAACAACGCGAUGCCUUCACAGUGCCUCAGCUCUUCUGUGCAUGAAAGACAGAAGGGAGUCUUUUCAGAAGGUUCUACAGUAGCUUUGGGCUCCUGGACAAGACAGCCUUAAAAACACUUGAUGGCAUUGUGAACUAGUUGGUUAUGUUCAGACUAGUCUGGUCCAAUUUAAAAGAUUUAACAUAAGCUGCCUUUGAGAUGGCCCUGCGACUUCACAAUGACGCAUAUUAUUUAUUUAAACUGUUUAUGUACACUAAGGUGAGCAACUGCAGCUGCCUGCAAAAUUUCACAGUCGUGUAACACUGGAAUUUCUACCGGUUAUUUAUUUCCUAAGACAGGUCUUGAAUAAUGAAAGUGUUAGCAAGCUUUGUCCUCUGGAAAUCUUUAUAUUCAAGGUUUACAGUAUUUCUAGCUCAGGUACUCAGGUAGUCCAUUUAAUCUGUAGUUAUUGUGAUGCUCCUUAUUUAAACCCCCCACAGCAGCUUUGAGAAGUUUAAGGAGACGCCUCUGCUGACAUCUGGUGGAUCUUUGGUGUCAUACCGCACAGCCCUGUUGUUAUUAAAAAGGUAGGAAUCGAUUCAGCACACUUCGGCAUGAUGUUGAUUUUGAGAAACUCCGACUGAAUGCUGAGCCAAGUGCUGAAACUGCUGACUAACUUUGUUUUUUCCAACUGUUAUUUUUUUUUAAAUAUUAAUAUGAGCCUAAUCCCUACUGGCAAACAACCCAUCAGGUUUUUUCCUCAUUUGUUUGAAAACUAAAGCACUGAAAUGUAAUUAGUUAACUUUGUACAAUGAAAAAUUACGAGUACAAAAAGCUGAGACAGGUUCAAUGUGAAUUAUUUAUGGAUGUGUUGAUUUGUGUUUUUAAUAAAGGAAAUGCUCUUG